AUGAUCCAUUCGGACCGUGCAGUUCCAACCUCAUCGCCAGCUGAGAUGCAGGGCCGGCUUUCCCUAAUCUUCCAGGGCGUACUAGUCUCUUUAACUAUUAUUGAUCUUGACGAUUGGAAUUUUCUCCAGGGACAGAGAGACGAUUUUCUUUGGUCUCUUGUACAACUUCCCACAAGCAGCGAAUCAGCGCACGGUCCUAGAAGCCCAGUUGAAUUAGUGUUGUCUUUUAUUCGAUAUUUACUUGACCAGGAAGCAACACCUCCAUCAGCCCUUCGAGCAGUGGUCCGCGCGUUUGACGAUCAACUUUUACGGAACUCGGAGGUACAUGCGGUGAUAUCCCAGAUUACGAAGAGUCCAGCUGAACGUCAACGAUGGCUUGAGACAUACUACCGGGCAGCGUGUACGAUGCCCGGGGCGUAUGGGGGUCCUCAGAGCGCACUUUUGCAGGAGGCACUACGAGGGAACUUUCAGCUUGUGGGCAUCUUUGGAGGACAAGGGUCUAGAAAUACAGUAUGCAUCCAGGAGUUGAGGGAGCUUUACAAUACCUACCAGCCAUUCUUGGCCGAUCUUUUCCGCGUUGCUGGUGGCCGCCUUCGCGAUCUCUCCAGAUCUCCUGAGGCCAGUACUCAACUUAAUCAUCCUUUGGAUUUAGAAUCUUGGAUGCGCGAUCCACAAACUAUUCCAGGCCCGACAGAAAUGGCGGAGGCAACUGUUAGUAUGCCGAUCACAGGUCUGCUUAGCCUAGCCCGGUACGCCGUUUCAUGUCAUCUCCUGGGCCUUACACCAGGACAGUUGGGGUCCCAUUUCAGCAGCUUCGCGGGCCACUCCCAGGGCAUAUUAACUGCAGUGGUUGUUGCAUUGUCGGAUACAUGGGCAUCGUUCUACCAUUAUGCGGAAAUGGCCUUGGAACUUCUGUUUUGGAUUGGAUUUCAAUGCUACAAAUCCACACCACGAGUUUCCGUACCUGCAAAUACCGAGAUAUCUCCGUCGUGCAUGCUAGAUAUCUCUGGGAUGCAACUUUCCGAGGCCGAGUCAACAAUUGCUCAGAUCAAUGAAAGUCUCGAUUCCUCCGAGAAAGUACAUAUGAGCGUGGUGAAUACGCGUGAUCGGAUGGUGAUCGGAGGGCCUGCGGGAUCAUUAGCACGCCUGGACAGCUAUUUAACAUCGAUAGCUGCCUCCAGCAAUGAUCAGAACCGGGUUCCCUUUAGCAGCCGCAAGCCUAUAUUCACUCACGAAUUUCUUCCUAUCAGCAUUCCAUUCCAUACACCACACCUAAACGAUAUCGCAACUGAAUUGAAAACACGAUUUACCGACAAAGUGGUCAUCGGAGCCCAGCUCCGGCUGUCAGUUCGGCAUACCAGGAGUGGACACGAUAUCAAGCAGUCGUCGACUUCAAACCUGAUUCCGAUGUUGAUAGAUGCCAUCCUGCUUGAGAUUUGUGAUUGGCCCGCAACUCUGGCACUCCCUGGGUCCACCACUCACAUCCUUUCAUUUGACCCCGUCAUGGCUCCGUUGGCCAAGCUGAAUGUAGAUGGACGCGGGAUUCGAAUAAUAAGCGCCCUCCAGACUGAUAAACGGGAUGAGGAAAUGGGGAACAUAGUUGACCUGCUGUCCCCAUCACUUCUCGAUUCGUCCACCAAAAUCCGGCCAUGGGGCCAGCGGUUCCGACCACGAUUAUCAGCAUCGGCUGGAGGCCUAGUUCGAUUAGAAACCAGACUCACAGAGCUGUUAGGUACACCCCCCGUCAUGGUCGCUGGUAUGACGCCGACUACAGCGCAUUGGGAUGUUGUUUCGGCCAUCGUCAACGCCGGUUAUCAUGUGGAGCUGGCUGGUGGGGGUUAUUAUAAAGAAGAUGAUCUCUCAACGGCGGUCAAGAAAGUGCUUCAAAGCAUCCCUCAAGGGCGGGGGGUCACGGUCAACUUAAUAUACGCAAACCCGAAGGCCAUUAGCUGGCAAAUCCCUCUGCUGCAGCAACUGUCUCGAAACCAGUAUCACAUCCAGGGCCUAACCAUCGGAGCUGGGGUGCCAUCUGCCGAGAUAGUGGCCGAGUAUAUUAACUCUAUAGGAAUUCAGCAUAUCUCCCUCAAGCCAGGAUCCGUGCCAGCGAUACGGGAUGUAAUCGAUAUCGCCAAGGCACACCCGAACUUUCCAAUAAUCAUGCAAUGGACUGGAGGGCGUGGGGGCGGCCAUCACUCUUUCGAAGACUUUCAUGCCCCGAUGCUAAGCAUGUAUGCCGCUAUACGUAGAUGUACGAAUAUAUAUCUGGUGGCAGGGAGUGGAUUUGGAAAUACUGAUGAUAUCUACCCUUACCUCACGGGUACUUGGUCCAUUGAGCUCGGGUACCCCGAGAUGCCCUUUGAUGGAGUCCUGCUGGGCAGUCGCAUGAUGGUGUCUCAAGAGGCACAUACAUCUCAGGCAGUGAAGGAGCUUAUAUGUAAUACGCCAGGGGUAUCCGACAAUGAAUGGGAGAAAACAUAUACCGGUUCUGCAGGAGGCAUCGUCACUGUGAAAUCGGAGAUGGGGGAGCCUAUACAUAAGAUUGCCAAUCGUGGUGUCAUGCUAUGGGCGGAGAUGGAUAAAACGGUCUUUAACCUUCCGAGGGAGGAUCGGAUCGCCUAUCUCAUGAAGAACAGAAAAUACAUAAUCGAGCGACUCAACUCUGACUACGCCAAACCCUGGUUCGGCCGCGACUCGAAAGCUAAUGUGGUCGAGAUUAGCCAGAUGACAUACAUGGAAGUCUUGCGCAGGUUGGUAGAGCUGAUGUAUGUCGAUCACCAGAAGCGGUGGAUUGAUGCGUCAUAUAUCCGUUUGGUCCAGGAUAUCGCCUCGAGGACAUUAGAACGACUGACGGUAGGCGAUGGAGAAGCAGUGUCCACCUCGACUUUGGAAGAAGACCCAAAUGUGUUCCUGGAAAGCCUUGUAAAGGUGUGCCCCUUAGCGGGCGUCCAACUUCUCAGUCCCGAAGAUGCAUCCUUUUUCAUCGCAAGAUGCAAAGAGCCUGGGCAAAAGCCAGUGAACUUUAUCCCGACCCUUGACGAUGACUUCGAGUUUUACUUCAAGAAAGACUCCCUCUGGCAGUCCGAGGAUCUUGACGCUGUUGUCGGCCAAGAUGCUAGCCGAGUUUGCGUGCUUCAUGGCCCAGUGGCCGCCGCACACUCCACACGAUCGGAUGAAUCCGCCCAGGAUAUUUUAGACGGGAUUGUGUACGGUCUGAUUGACCGAUUCCAGAAGUCUCGUCGAAGAAUCGGCGUAGAGACCCAGCAGGAGAGUCGCUGUCAGACUCCUGACUCCUGUUCCACUGCGUCAAGUGGACCGGAAUCAGAAGUUUCUGAGGCUGAGAGCGAGACCUCCGUCGCGUCCAGCACUCUGGAGCAGCCUGUUCAUGCUAUUAUGGGCGCGCUCCAGGCAUUAUUGUUUGACAAAUAUAUUACGCAGGGUCACAAACGUAGAGAGAACCCAUUUCGUUCACUACUUGACUCUCCCCGGCACAUCGCCAAACAUUUCAAUUUUGAAAGGUCUGAGUUAGUGGUCCCGGUGCCUUCUAACUCUGAAUCGAGGUCAUGCAUUAAAGUACAGUGUCACAAUGGUCGAGACAUUGUAGUUGAGGUGCAUCAGCCUAGUGCAUAUAGUCAGAGCUCGGUGGUGUUACCCCUCAGGUAUAAUUUUGACACAAGCAGCCGGGCUAUAACCGAAGUCAUGGAGGGUCGAAAUGCGCAAAUCAAGUCUUUUUACAGUAAAGUAUGGUUUGGCAAGGAUAUUGACCCGAACCUGACGGUUCAUUCCACAUUCCAUGGCCCAGAGGUGACUCUCACCCGGCGCUUGCUGACUGACCUGUCAUUGGCAACUGGUUGUGCUUUCGAGAAUAAAGACCUCCCGUUUUCGAGCUCUGAUACGCUGCCUAUUAACGUUGGCAUCCUGGCUGCCUGGGAAUCGUUAACCCAGCCACUCGUGCUCAAGGAUAUCGAUGGUGAUCUUCUAGCUCUGGUUCAUCGAUCAAACAAAUUUGAGUAUGUUGAAGGGGCCACUCCGUUAUCGUUGGGCGAUACAGUAACCUCGACGGCGCGUGUGAAAGCCGUCACAAUCGAGGCUGCUGGCAAGUUGGUCCUAGUCGAAGCUAUCAUCUAUCGAGACGCCAAAGAGGUGAUGGUAGUCACGUCUGAAUUUCUUUUUCGUGGAGAGUUUCAUGACUUUGAAAACACGUUCAGACGUACCAGGCACCAAAGGUGGGCUGUUACCGCGUCUUCAGAUGAGGAUGAGGCUGUCCUCCGUGAUAGGGAGUGGCUCCACCUUGAUACUGACUCUCCUUCAAUCAUUGGACAAUCACUUAUAUUUGAACUGGAAUCCUUUGUCACCUACCAGAGCAUAGCCAAAUUUGGGAGUUUACAAGUUCAAGGCUCCGUCUUUCUCGACUGUGGAACUGGAGAACGACAGAAGAAUGGCUCAGUCAGCUUCCAAUACGGUCCAUGCCUUGGAAACCCUGUCCUUGACUUCCUCGAGCGAAAAGGAACACUGAUGUCAGGAGCUCGGGUCGAACUGGAAAAGCCGGGUUGGUCUGGGAAGUCUUCCAUCGACGUACAGAUGCCGAAGGACGGCCACCAGUACAGCCACAUUUCAAAGGACUACAACCCAAUUCAUACGUCACCGACCUUCGCACAACUUGCAAAUCUUCCAGGGACAAUCUGCCAUGGCAUGUAUACCUCCGCUGUGGCUGCUGCAGCCCUUGAUCACCUUGUGUUGGAUGGCGACCGACAAAGAGUUAGGCGGUUCGAGGUGUCGUUUGUGGAUAUGGUGUUGCCGUUAGAAUCGCUAGUGGUCCAUCUGCAGCACAUUGCCAUGGCUCAAGGCCGCAUGUGCUUCAAGAUUGAAGUGGUUCGAAAGAGCGAUUCUAGAAAGGUCAUGGAAGCUGAUGUGGAGGUUGAACAAUCUGGGACAGCCUAUCUGUUUACUGGUCAAGGGAGCGCAUCCCAGGGUAUGGGUAUGGACCUCUACAAGAGCAGCCCAUUAGCCAAGGCCAUUUGGGAUGAUGUUGAUAAACAGUUUAAGGAUACCUAUGGGUGGUCACUACUUGAAAUUGUCAAGAACAACCCCAAACACCUCACGGUACACUUUGGAGGUAAGAAAGGGAGAGCUAUCAGAGACACCUAUCUGUCCAUGUCGACUACCGUGGUUCUACCGGAUGGUAGCACCACAGAGCGCCCUCUGCUGCCAAAUUUGACACCCAAUUCCGCGUCUUACACUUUCUCGGAGCCUCGUGGCCUGUUAUUUGUCACCAUGUUCACCCAGCCUGCCAUUCUUGUUUUGGAAAAGGUCGCCUUCGCCGUGCUGAAGGCGAAAGGAUACAUUCAGGAAGGAGCGAUGUAUGCUGGUCACUCUCUUGGUGAGCUAGGAGCGUUGAGUUCCCUCCUCGACCGAGUCUCGAUUUGGGCCAUCGCGCAGAUUGCCUUUUAUCGUGGGCUUAUUAUGAGGUAUUCUUCAAACACGGGAGCCAAGGAGGGCCCUGAGUUUGGGAUGAUAGCCGCGAACCCAAAACGGGUUGGUAAAGGUUUCACACCUAAGGACCUGUCCCACAUUGUUCGGGCAAUAUCUGCUGAAAGCCAGCAGCUGCUGGAAAUUGCCAACUUCAACGUGGAAGGAGAGCAGUAUGUCUGCACAGGAACUACUGCGAACCUCUAUGUCCUUGGCAAAGUUCUUGACCAAAUCGUGCACGGCAAGCAGCCCCUAGAGGCUUCCAAUAGUCUUGAAAGUAUUAUCGCAAAGCUUGUACAGGAAAGCAACCAGCUUUCUGCUCCAAUCAAGCUGGAGCGCGGCCGAGCAACCAUUCCUCUGUCUGGGAUCGAUACGCCCUUCCAUUCAAGCCAUUUACGGACUACGGUGGAUGCGUAUCGUUCAUUCCUGCUUAGGUCUGAUGUGGCUAAUUGGCAAGGAGAGAUUGGAAGGUUGGCUGGCCGAUAUGUGCCCAAUGUCAUCGGCAAGCCUUUCUCCUUGGAAGUGGAUUACAUCAAGAAGGUAUUCGACAUCACCGGGAGUCCUGUUCUACGAGAAAUACUAGGGAGUAUCCAGUGA